AUGCUGCAGCAAAUUUUGCGAGACCUGUACAUCGAUCCGGAGCUUCUGGCGGAGCUGAACGAAGAACAGAAACACAUCCUCUUUUACAAGAUGAGGGAAGAGCAAGUCAGGCGAUGGGAAGAAGGAGAGAAGGGAUGCCAAGAAGGAGACGUUAGCCUGAAGAGGACAAGUAGAUUUCAACAGAGUGACAGGAAACAUGUUCAGUGGCUUCAGGGAGCUGAUGGCGAGGUCUGGGUUUGGAUCAUGGGAGACGCCCCUGGAGACAAGUCAUAUGAGCAAAUUUCAGAGGAGCGUCUUGCAGAACGAGCCAGACAGCAGGCCCAGAAGGAAGCUGAAGAACUAUGGAAACAAAAGGAAGCUGAAAUCAGGAAGAAGUUCCGUGAUGCUAUGGCAAAGGAAAAAGCUCGAAUAGUGGCAGAGAAAUGGAAGAUAGAGGCAGAAGAUCGCAAAGCAGCCAAAUUGAUGGAGGAGGAGAAAAUCCAGGAGGAAUUAAAGAGAAGAGAAGAAGAAGAGAGGCAAAGAGGAGAGGAGCAAAUUCGAAAUCAGGAGGAACUCAGAGCUCAGGAGCUAUACAGGAGUCUCAAGGAGGCCCACCAAUGCAGCAAAUACAGUGAGAAAGAAGACCAUGAAUGGAAAGAACAGUUACGUCGUUCCAAGGCGGCAGAUGAAGAAAGGAGCCACAAGGCUCGCCAAGCUCGUGAUGAGUAUCAGAGGCACUCCUUACGGGCCAUCCGUAAAGGAAAAGUGGCUGAUCUAAGCAGCAUGUUCCAGGCAGCUGGUUUGAAUAUCGAACAAGAAACCAAACUGGCCAAUUCUUGCACCAUCCCAUCCUUGAAUGUGGUGACACCAAUCAGCAAAGCAUGGGAAUGGCCCCAGAGGCCUUUGUCCAGAGAAGUCAUCAUUCAGUGGUUCAAAGAGGAACAGAUUCCACGGCGGGCUGGCUUGGAAAGAAACUCCAACACUAUUGCUCCUUGGUUCCAUGGUAUUAUUACUCGUCAAGAAGCAGAAGAACUGUUGAUGCACAAGCCUGAAGGGACAUUCCUCGUGCGGGUCAGUGAUAAAAUCUGGGGAUAUGCCCUCUCUUACCGGCAUCACAAUGGCUUCAAACAUUUCUUGGUGGAUGCAUCAGGAGAUUUCUACAGCUUCCUGGGAGUAGAUCCCAACCGUCAUGCGACACUCACAGAUCUUAUCGAUUUCCAUAAGGAAGAAAUAAUAACAACUUCUGGUGGAGAGUUGCUUCUGGAACCUUGCAGACAGACGAAGAGCACUCCUGACUAUAAUUUGUUAUUUGAAUGA